AUGGGUGGUGAAGAAGAACACGCAUCUCCCUUGACAGAUUGUUUAGACACUGAAGAGCAAUGCACUUCUGCAAGAGUUGAUGAUGAAGAUCUGUUGGAUAGACUAGAUGAACUGGAAACAGCUGCUGGCACUCCAUCUACACCACAUGUGUUGCCAUCUUCGGAUUGUAAUGAUAUCAUUGAGGAGCCAAAGCCGGGGAUGGAGUUCAAUUCAUUGGAAGAUUUGAUGGUCUAUUAUAAGCAGUAUGCUAAAAAUUGCGGGUUUGGGGUGAUGACACAAAGGAGUGAGAGGUCAGAUGAUCAAUGUGUCAGAUAUGUCACCCUCGGUUGUGCACGGGGAGGGAAGGCUCGGAUUAAGAGUUCCAAUAUCACCAACCCACGUCCGACGGGAAAGACGGGCUGUAAGGCAAGGAUUAAUGCCUUAAGAGUCGAGGGAAAGAUGCGGUUGACAACAGUGAAUAACUCACAUAAUCAUGUAAUUAGCCCUCAGAAAUCCCGCUUCUUUCGAUGUAACAGAGAAGUGAAUGAGACUGUUAAAAGGGUCCUUGAGACAAACGACUUAGCUGGUAUUCAGCUGAACAAGAGUUACGGAUCUCUUGUAGUUGGAGCAGGUGGCUUCGAGAACCUGCCAUUUUCGGAAAAGGAUUGUCAGAAUUACAUCGACAAAGCCCGCCAUCUACGACUUGAUGCAGGUGGUGUUGGAGCACUUCUUGAUUAUUUUAUGAUGAUGCAGUACAAGAAUAACGGUUUUUUUGCAUUGAUGGAUUUAGACGAUGAUGGGAGGUAUGGGAUGCCGUUUGCACCAUUUGUUGGUGUAAAUCACCAUGGGCAGUCGAUUCUUUUGGGAGCUGGGUUGAUUUCCAGUGAGGACACAGAGACGUUUACAUGGCUGUUCCAAACUUGGUUGCAAUGUAUGGACGGAAUAGCUCCAAAGGCUAUUAUUACUGAUCAGGACAAAGCAAUGAAAAAUGCAAAAUUGCGAUAG